AUGCAAAUUAUAGGGAAAUUCAUUAAAAUUUAACUUAGAGAAAUGCAAUAGAUGCUAAAGGAAUCAAAAUCAUCCACUUAAAUAAAUUUAAAGAUUUUAUCUUUAUUUUAUGUAGCAAUUAGAAUGAGCAUUUUAUUACCCACUUAUUAAUUUGCAAAUGAAUAUUACAAAGUAUAUAUAUAUUAUUAGUAUUUAUUAGGAUGAAAAAUUUAUCUUAAUAAAAACAUUAAUAAAUUGGUUUUCAGGGCUUACUCCUAUAAUUUCAAUAAAUAAUAAUAACAUUAUUAUAGCUUCUGUAAUUAUGAUAAGUAUUAUUCAUUGGAUUGCAACAUUAAUUAUUAUUUUUGGAAGUUCUUAAUCUUAAAUUUUAUAUCAUUAUAGCCAGAAAUAUUUCACUUAUUUAAAUUCUCUUUUGCUUUAUCCCACAUUUAUACACAUCUAAAAUUUAAAAUUAAUUGGAGAUUUUGAUUAAAUUGUUAUUUUUUUAAUAUUUCCUGUAAUUUUCAAUUCAACUAUUUAAAACUACAUACAACGAAACUAUUCAUUGCCAACAAGAAAUCCAUUUAUAAAAAGACAUAGAAUUUCAAAUUAUCUAAUCUCAUUAAUAGAAAUAAUUGGUUUGAUUUCAAUAGUAUACUUAAAAGAAUAAUAUUAAUGUGUUAUUUUGAUUUUAAUAUUUUUUGUACAACUUUUAGAUGCCUUAUUUGUGAAUCCAUAUUAAUAUUAUGUCAAUCUAUAAUAUUGCUUUUGGAGCAGUUUGUUAUUUUUUGCAUCAAUAUUAAAAAUGAUUGCUUUUUUUUGGAAUUCCUAUUAAUUUUUUUAUUUAGGAUGUUAUUUAAUUCCUUUGUUGAGUUUUGUAGCAUAAAAAUAUUUAGAAUUAUAAUAAGAAGACAAUUUAAUUUAACAAUCUUUAUAAAAGGAAUUACUAUUAUAAAUUGUUGAUAUGUAUUAUUUUGGUAAUUAAAUAAUAAAAAAUAAAAUACUUUACAUUAUUAGAGCCAAAUUUAAAAUUGUAAUUAAAGAGAAGUUUGAUAUUGAUCUUUAAUUAUAAUAAUGUAUAAUGCAACUAUUUACAAAAAUUAUAGAAUAAUUACAAAUUACAGAAAGAUUUUAAGAUGAAGAUUUUUAUAUCUAUAAUAUAUUAUUUUUUUUACAAACUUGUGAAAAGCAGAAUCUAGGAUAUAUAAAAAUGAAAAAGUAUUAAUCCUCAACUCAUUCUUAAUCAUUAUAUUUCUAAAUUCUUGCAGAUAACAUUUAUGGUUCAGUUGUUAAAAAUAGAAAAAAAAAGAAAAUAUUUCAGAUGAAUGAGGAAUCUUAAGGAGCUUUAAGUUUAUUUGAAAUAAGAACAAGUUAACUGUUAAAUGAAAAAAGUAUGAGUUUAAUUAUAUAAAUAUUAUAAAUGAAACUAAAAUAUUGGGAAAAAUUACAAUAAGGGUUUUAAAGAAUUGAAGAAUUAGCUAUUUAGUCAGAAAAUUUAAGUAAAUUACUAACUAAAUUAAAGAAUAUAGUUUUUAGCGAACUUUAAAUAAAUGUUUUUACAAUUCAAAAAGAUUUAUUUAAAUUAAAUAUUUUAGAUUUAAGAUUAUUGUCUUUAAUGUUUUCAGGAGUAUUGAAUGAUUUUCAUAUAACAUUAGAAAUUGAGUAAAGAAUUGAAGAAUUGUUAAGUUUUGAGAGAAAUUUAUAAACUAAAAAUAUUAUCAAUACUACCUUAUUAAAUGAUGAAAUGAUUUUAGUAUCUGUAAGUAUGUUAAAAAAUUAAGGGUAAAUAAUAGCUAGUAAUAGAAAAAAAAUGUAAAAAUUCUUUUAAUAUCAAAAUGAAGAUUCAUUUAUGUAAGUAUAGCAUAUAAAUUAAUUGUUACCGAAAUAUUUAAAAGAUAAGCAUGAUGAAUUUUUAAAUAAUUUUUUGAAAAUAGGAGAAUCUGAAAUUUUUGAUUAAAGUAGAAGUGUAUUUCCAAUAUAUUAAACAGGUUUUUCUUUUAACUCUACUUUAUAAUUGGUUCAUUCAUAUGAUAAUAUAGAUGAUUAUAUUGUUACUGCUGCAAUAAAGCAAAUGAAUGAAAAUAAUGAUUUUAUAAUAUUUGAUGAUACAGGAAAGAUAUUGGGUAUUUCAAAAUAAGUUUAAAAUAUCUUAUUAUAAAGUAAUAGUUAAGAAUUUGAUGAUUAAAUUUUAAAUUCAUAUAUUUUUUUUUGGUUUCAUAAUUUGUUUGAUGCAGUUUAAUAAUUUUAAAAAGUUGAAUAAGAUGAUUAAUAAUUGAAAAUUAAUUCUUAGAAAACAUUUGUAACUCCAAUAUAGGAUAUUGAUAUUAUAAUAAGAGAACAUGAAGCAUAUAAAAAAUCUCAUUUGAUAACUCAAACAAGUGCAUUAAAAACAGAAUAAUAAGAGAAUACUUAUCAUUAAGUUUCAGUAUAACCGAAAUAUACAUGCUUUAAGAAAAAUUAUAUUCAAUAAACCUAAGAGUUUGUUUCAAGUUGUUCUUUGAAAGAAAAUUCAGUACAUCCUUAUUAUUAAAUUGUAUAUAAUCUUACAUUAAAUGUAAUGAAAAAUAAAUAUCCAUAUUUUUUAAUGUAAAUAAUUGAAUACCGAUACAAAGAAGUAAAAAGAUAAGGAAUAGAAUUAUCUAAUAGUGCAAUAAGUUCUUACUAUUAAUCGAAGAAUUUAAAAACUACUGAAUAAAUAGAGGAUGAGUUUCAAUUAGAUGAAAAUGAUGUACCUUAAGCAUUUGUAAUAAAUUAACCAGUUGUUAAUAAAUUAUUUAUUAAUGAUCAUGAAGGUGAAACUAAUUAAGAAGUUUAAGUAAAUGAAAAUUUGGCAUUAUAAAAAUCAAUUGAUCCUAGAGAAAGUAAUUUAGUAUCUCCAAGAGGAAAUAGAGAUAUCUUAAUUUAAAGAGAGUAUGAUUUUGAUGAUGAAGAGGAUGAUGGUAGAGAUCAAAAAUCAAAAAUAGGUAAAAGUAGUUCUCAAAAAAAUCAAUAAGCAAAUAUUUUAUAAAUUGUACUUAGAGAAUAAAAUAUAGAAUAAUAAAAUGAUUUAUAAAAAUAAAAUAAAAAGUCUGUUACAAGUGCUACAUCUGAUAAAACUUAAAAUUCUGUUUAUAAUUUGAUAAGAAAAAUAACAUAUUCAGAAGAGUUUCAAUCUUCUAUUAUUAAAGGUAUUAUUAUAAGUGUUUUCUUAACAGUUUUAAUGAUAAUUUUAAUAAUUUCAGAGAUGGCACUUGCUCGAUAAAAUACAAACUAAUUAGAAUAUGAUAUACCUUUAGUCAGAAUACCUUAAAGAUUUAACAGACUUUAUUGUACUUUUGUAACAUUAGGUUAAUUGGAUCUUUAAUUAAAUUUAUUAAAUUAAUCUUAUGGAUAAUUUUAUGAAUAUCGUAUUAAGAAUGAGAGUAUAAUUAGAAGAGAAGAGAUGUUGAGUAUGAUGAUAGAACUUAAAAAUGAAUUUGCAAAGUUAGAAAAUGACAAUAAAUUACCAAUCAUAACAGUUAGAAUCAUUAAUGAAUUUUCAUAUUCUGAAUUGAAUAUCACUAUGAUUUAAUUUGACUCUAUGGUAAAUGAAUAUACAGAAAGAAUCAAUUAAUACUUAUAAGGUACAGAUGAUAUGAAAUAUGUUGAGAAGAUUUAGGUUUUAGUUUAAUUCUUAAAGGGAAAUUUAAUAAAUUAAUUAAAUUUAACAAUUAAAUUAGUCGAAGAAAUUGAAAAUGAAUUUUUUAAUCUAAUUGACUAUUUUUAAACUGAAUAUUUUAUUUUUCUAUUAGUUUUGCUUUGGAUUAUAUUCUUUAUGUUAAUGUUGUAAUUUAAGUAAUGGAAUUAACCAUAUAUUUAUAUGCAAACAGUAUUACUAUUGAUAAGCAGAAUUACAGAAAAAGAUAUUGAGUAUUCCUGUCAAAAAAUAUCAUUUAUUUCAAAUAUGCUUGAUAAAGAUUAGUAAUUAUGGAAACAUUUAAAUUAUUUUAGAGAAUAUUUCUGGUUUAAUAGAACAGUUACUCACACUUCUAUUAAAUAUACUUCUAGUUCUGUAUCUUAAUUAAAAAAUACAAAUAAAUCAAGUUCUGCUAGAGUUAAAUCUGUAUCUAGAAUUUAAGAAACCAAUUUCUCAAUUAUUAACAUUUAUCUAAUGUUAUUUUCUCUUUGGAUUAUAUUAUCAGGAUAUGUUUUAUCAACGUUUUUUAUAAUGAAAUAAAAUAUGGAGGAUUCACAACCUGAAUUAAGAUUAGCUAUGGAAUAUGUUAGAUUCAAAUAAGAUUUAGAUGGUGUCAUGAUAAUCAGUUAAUUAUUGAAAAAUCAAUAGAUACUUAUUGAUGAAACUAUGGCAAGUGGAAUUUUUAAAUUAAAUCCAGAAUUAAACACUAAAGAUAAAUAUUUUAGUAGAUUAUAUGUUGAAUUAUUGAAUUCAUUUGUUAUACUUCAAAAUGAAUCUACUUCAGUUUUUGAACAUAUAUAUAAUGACAUAGUAGCUUCUAAAAAAAUUAGUUAAGAAAACAAAGAUUUAUUAUUAAGAAUGUAUGAAACUGAUCUAUGUUUAAUCAUACCAUCUUCAUUGCCAUUUUGUGAGUAUGAAAAUGGGCGGUUUUAGAAUUACCCCACAUAUCCACUUGCUGAAGAUAUUGACAAUAAUCGUAUGUUGUACAAAUACGGAAUUAAUGGAAUAUUUUAAACGUAAAAAUAAUUUUAAAGAUUAGUAUACAAUAAAUUCUUACUACUCAUUAUUCUCUUGAAUUAAAUGGUAUUAAGGAUACAAAUCUAACAUUGGUUAAUUAAUUCCUAUAAUCCCCAGAAUUUAUUCAAGUGAUUCUAUCUUAUACAUUUGAUAUUAGUUUUGCUCUAUUAGAAUUCUAUUACACUAUUAUUAAAGCAUCUUUAGAUAUUUUAGAAGAUGAUUAUGUAAUGAUAGUUACAUAUGCCAUUUCUUUUGGUUUUGGAGUUUUAAUUACUUUUUAUUUUGUCAUUCUUAUUCGAGCAACUACACUUUAACAUUAAGUCUAAGCAAUCAGAUAAGCAUUAAUAAUAAUUCCUCAUGAAUCACUCUAAGAUUAAUCAAUUUUAAAUGCAAUAAGAAAGAUUGACAGAACACUUUGA